AUUCGAGAAUCUCGGAAACUAAAUGCGAAGAGUACCGCAGUAUCAAUGGAGCCUCGGCCUCGGCGUUAAGCUUCAGCUGCGGUGGUUCCCUGAUUUCCGAACGUUUCGUGCUAACAGCUGCGCACUGUUUCAGCCACGGCGAUCCGAUCGUCGUGCGACUAGGAGAGUACGAUCUGAAUCUUCCGCUUUCGCUCAGUCGGAUCGACUUCGGGAUAGCGAAGAUCAUCCGCCAUCCGCAGUACAAGAACGCACGGUCCUACCACGACAUUGCCCUGGUAAAGCUCAACGAAACGGUUUCAUUUUCCAAAACCAUUCGCCCAGCCUGCCUUUGGACGAAACCGGCGCUCAAUGUGAGCCAGUUCGUGGCCACCGGAUUCGGAAGGCUGGAAGAAGACAGUUUCAAACUCUCCAGCAAAAUGAUGAAAGUCCAGCUUGAUCUCUUCCCAACCACGGACUGUGAUCAGCUGAUUCAGCUGAAUCGCAGAUUCAGCGACGGAAUGAACGAGGGUCAACUGUGCGUGGGGAGUCUGGUCGGGGGAAAGGACACCUGCCAGGGGGACUCCGGUGGACCACUGCAAACGGUGACGGAACCCAAAAGUUGUCUCUAUCACGUCGUGGGACUGACGUCGAUCGGUGCCGCCUGCGGAAUCGGACAGUCGAAGGCUAUCUACACGAAUGUGGCCCACUAUUUGGACUGGAUCGAGGAAACGGUUUGGAAUCGCGGAAUUGGAGAUUAGUGCACCUUUCGUUCGUGUGUUUUGGAAAUCCUAAUCCUAAUCCUAGCGUGCCAAAUAAAG